AUGGAUCGAGUCCGACGUUACUCGUCCUUCUCGCAGCGGCCUCGCAGUGCUGCUGUUGUUGACGAGGAGCAGAGCCAUGACGAUCUGCCAAUAGACACCCCAGUCGAAAUGUCCGCGAAUCCAUCCCGCACCCUCGCAGAUCAGUUCCGUCACCUCGAUGUAGACUUGUCACGCUCGACUGCGCCGUCGCCCACGUCGCUCCAACAGCCGGCCAGCACUCGUAGCCAGAAUGUGAGCGCCAUGUCAGAGUUGCUCCCCGCAGACGAUGGCAUGGCCCAUCUCCGCAUGCGCAUCCAUGAAAUCAGGGCCCUGAGCAUAUCCGAUCAGGAGCGUGCCCACAUGAUACACAACCUGAUGACGGAGAAGUACAACCACAUGCGACCCACGUCGCCAGCGAGCUUCGUAUCACACGACCGCCCUUUUACCCCAACCUCCGGACAGUCCCUCUUCUCCGACAUCCAUGCCUCGUCGCCGUACUCGUCUUCGUCUACAACCGACGUCACCCCCGACAUCUCGUACAAUCUUCGAGAGGGCGACGCGAACCCGACAUAUCGACCCCAUCACGACCACGCCGGUGCAGAGCACGGCGAAGACGACGAUGACGACACUGCCGAAGGAGAACUCGUUCUUGGUUGCCAGCACUACAAGCGCAAUGUCAAAGUACAAUGCUUUGAAUGUCGCCGCUGGUACACGUGUCGGCACUGCCACGAUGCCGCUGAAGACCACAACCUGAACAGGAAGAUGACACAGAACAUGCUGUGCAUGGCGUGCGGCACCCCUCAGCCAGCAGCCGAUGUCUGCAAGAACUGUGAGACUGAGGCCGCAUGUUACUACUGUGACAUUUGCAAGCUCUGGGACAACAAUAGCAAGAAGAAGAUCUACCACUGCCCAGACUGUGGCAUCUGCCGACGAGGAGAAGGCCUGGGUAAGGAUUUCUAUCACUGCAAGAGCUGCAAUGUUUGCAUAUCCAUCUCUCAUGCAACCUCGCACAAAUGCCUCCCGCGGGCUACUGAGGGCGAUUGUCCGAUUUGCGGCGAUCAUCUCUUCACGUCGUCCACCGCUGUAGUCUCCAUGCCUUGCGGGCAUUACUUGCACAAAGGAUGCUACAAUCUUUACAUGCAGACUGCGUACAAGUGCCCAAUUUGCAAGAAGAGCGCUGUGUGUAUGGAUCUGCAGUGGCAGAAGUUGACUCAAGCAAUCGAGGGUCAGCCGAUGCCAGAACAAUUUGCAAAUACCCGAGCAGUCGUUCAGUGCAACGAUUGCUCAGCCAAGUCUUCCGUCAAAUACCACUGGCUCGGAAACCAAUGCGGUACAUGCGAUUCAUAUAAUACGAACGAACUUCGUAUUUUGAAUGGACCAGAGAGUGAAGAGGCUGCCAACGCGAUACUGGAUGCCGAUCUUGACUCAGGCUCGAGAUCACCCGCGAGCGUUAGUUCGCCCUCCUCCCAAGCACCGUUACGUUCACCUCGAUACUACUUUCAACCAGAUGAGCCAGAAGAAACAUGGCUACCAGGUCAGCUGCCCUCUUUCCCUUUCCAGAUGCCACAGUUUCCAGGCAGACCACGCAUGCCACAGAUGCCUCAGAUGCCACAGUUCCCAUCUUUACCGCAGUUUCCACCGCUGCCGAAUUUUCCACAGAUACCGCAAUUUCCACAAAUGCCUCAGAUGCCUCAAAUGCCUGAUGCUGCACAGCAGAUGCUUGAACGUGUGCGUCGAUCAUUCGAUGCCUAUCUUAAUCCAACGGGGGAUGUCCGAGCAGAAGAUGUACCAUUCAUCGAUCUCGGUAGCGACGACCGUACUGAGCGUCCGGCUACAGAUGGCACAACGGUCAAGGAACCAUCACUACCACAAUACGUUUUGGAACGCUUCACGCAGUCUCUCGUCCGCUUCAGGAACGACCUGAACCCGGCUUUGUUCGAAGAGAUUCCAACAUUGGAUCUCUCAGAAGAUCGUGAUCCCGAAGGGUUGCAAUUUUGGGGCGAAGAUGGUGGACGACUGAAUCGCUUCGUUGCAGGCGACGAAGACGAAGAUGAAGAAGACGAUGACGACAGUAGCAGUGAUGAAAGCGAACACCACGAUGAUGAAGACGAUGAAGACGAGUGUGUCGAAGUCAACGUUAAAAAGCGCGGCAAGGAAUUUGAUUUGCCAGGGCAUGUGUAA